AUGGCAACCGACGGUCGGCUCAUACGAUUCACAAUCCUGACUUACCGCAAGCCGGGCCUCUCAGAGGAAGAAUUCCACACCUACUGGACCACGAAGCACGUACCACUUGUUCAGGAUUGGCUGGCACGGCAUGGAAUUCUAAAGUACACCCAGUACCACACUCCGUCGUCUGUUCGAGAGCAAGCCAAGUCAAUACCUGGUCUUAGCCAAGCGAGCAUCGCCGAUUACGAUGGCUUUGUGGAGUUGACGAUGCCUUCUCUGUCAUGUUUUGAUGAGGCCCAGAAGGACCCUUAUUACCUGGAAGUGGUUGUCCCAGAUGAAUUAAAGUUUGCAGAUGUACCGAGGACGAAAAUCAUUAUUGGCUGGGAGGAAUUAUAUGUCCAGGAUGGCAAGAAGGUGGAGGUGCAACCAGGUCAAGCUAAUGUCGUGAGAGGUUGA